UGUUUUCCCUACCGCAUGUGAUUCCGAAGCCGCUUCAAAACAUUGCGUGUUUAUCUUACAGUCGUGCACGUUUUCCACUCCUUGCAAAAAAGUGUACCAAUCCUCGUCCCGUUUUAGGCCAUCCUCCCCAGUAAUGGCCGAAAUAAAAAAGGAAGCCGCCGAAGGCUCAUCCACCGCACCACCAGCGGCCGAGCGGGGCAAAAAUCACUACAAGAACCGUGCCAAAAAGCAGAAGCGAAACAAGUUCCUGAAGAACGCGAAAAGCUUCGGCAAGCGGGAAAGCUUCGGCCGCGGGGCCGAGCUGGAGCAGACCGAGUACAACUAUCUGGUCGCGAUACUCGAAACCAUGACCAAGGAAAAGGACACCGAGGAGCGGCAGCUGAUAGCGAACAAUGUGCUCGGCCAGCUGAAGGGCAAGGAGAUACGGACCGCCUCGAAUCAGGUGGGCAGCCGCAUCAUGGAGGAUCUGCUCGCCUACACCGACGAGGAAACGUUCGCCGGGCUGCUGGAAACGUUCGCGCAAAACUUUCGCGUCUUUUGCUGCGACAAGUUCGCGUCCCACGUGCUGCAGCGCACGCUGUACGUUGCGCUGCUGCGAGCAGUUGCGCCACUGCAGGCGGACCAGCAAGGGGAGGAGGAUGGAGAGGGGGAAGAACAGAAUGCAAAAAAGCAGAAAGUGUGUGGCGCGGCGGAACGGGGCGAUAGAAGCGUUUGGCCGUGCUACGAGUACUGCUUGAAGGAACAGUACGCGGACGAGCAUCGGCAAACGUGUCGCCAGUACGUGGAGCGGAUGGCCAAGUAUUUGAUCAACAAUCUGGAGGAGUUUGUGUGGGAAGCGACGGCCGGGUACGUGAUACGGCAGUGUGUGCUGAAUCUCGGUGGCAUUACCGAGAAGAAGGCGACGAACGACGCGAAACCGUUGAUCGUGCCGGAACAGUGGCACAAGCUGCUGCACGAGUUUAACGUACAGCUGAUGGCUUGGCCCCAGUUUGGCGACCUGAUAGGGAUGGAGCAGACCGCAACGAUACUGCAGGAUUUGCUGCGAGCUCUCGCCAGCACGGACGAUGCGUUUCAGCUCGAACAACUCAUUGCCAAACUGUUCAAGGAAGCGUUUUACACGAAAAAGGUAAAAAAGGAGGAAAAGGACGGGGAGACAACGGUCAAGCAGGAAGAAAAAUCGGACCUGCCGAAAGCGUUCCAGAGCGAUAGUUCCAUCCGAUUGCUCGAGGUAUGCAUCGUGGUUGCACCGGCCGCCUUUCUGAAGGAUAAACUCUUCUCCAAACUGUUCCGCGGUCACGUGAAGCAGCUGGCCCUGUCGAGGGCGUGCAAUUUCGCCAUACAGAAGCUGAUCGAUCACACCACCGACAAAGACAUGAUGGAUAUGGUCUUUGCCGAGCUCGAGGACAGCAUGGAGGAUCUGCUGCGAACCGGCCACACCGGCGUGGUGCUAGCGCUGGCCAAAGCCUGCGCCCGGCUCGCCUGCCAGCAGGGAAAGUUUGUGAAAAAUCUUCUCGACGCACUGCACUGCGCCGAGGUGGCACCGACCAAGAUGAUCAACGCCGUCCUGUACCUCCUCCCGGCCAAUGUGACGCCCUCGACUGCGCCCAAAAUCCACCUGCACGGCUCACUCAUUCUGCAGGCCAUACUGGACUUUAACAAACCGAUCAAGUUCGUCACCGCGCUGCUCGAAAUGCCGAACGAUCGGCUGGCGGAGAUACUGAGUGAACCGGCGGGCUCGUUUGUCGCGAAUGCAUUCGUCACGGGGCGGUUCGUGGGGGAAAAGUCACGCGAAAAGCUGGUCCGCCAUCUCGAGGGCCAGUACGCGCAGCUUACGCUUUCCGUGCAUGGGUCGCGCGUGGUCGAGAUCAUGUACGAGGCGGGCAAUCCGGCGCAGCGGGAAAACAUUGUGCGCGAGCUGGCCGAACAGUGCGAACGGUUGAACGGCAAACCGUGGAGCGCGAAAGUGAACAAGCGGCUGCUGGUGGAUCUGUACAAGCGCAAUCCGGCCCGGUGGAAGGUGGCGAUCAAGAACGAUGCCAAGGUGGAGAAGAUGUUCGACAAGCUGGUGGGUGGGAAGAAGCGGAAAGCGGAGAGUUAGGAAGCAAAUGCCACAGUUAGCAUUCGAAGGAAUGAGCGUUACAAGUGUUAUUGUAAUAAAUAUAAUAAAUAAUACAAUACUAGUA